GCUGUUUUCAGGCACUGACCCGGGAGGAAGGUUUUCGGCUCAUGGAGAACGACUUGGCUGCGCACGGAAGUCGGGAGCUUAAAUUCAGGUCACACUUGGCUUUGCUAGCUCAAGUGAAAUGUAAAACAGGAGGCAGGCAGCAGGUGAAGCGUGAACCACAGUCGGGCAGUGAUAACGCCCGGCCAGCGGGAAGCCAGCAGCCACUUCUCCCACUUGGCCGCUAUUAAGUCGAGAUUCGGUGCCGGUGGAGAGACGAGCAGCUCUUCUCACUUUCACUUCAUGGCUCAGCGCGCCGCUCACACUGCCGUCCCCAUCGCGCUGCUGCUGUUUGGACUUGUUGCGAUCCUGCUACUCACCAUACCCACUCAAGACAUCCAGGAGGCUCCGGGGUUCAUGUACGGGAUCGUCCUGGAUGCUGGAUCUUCACACACAGCUUUGUACAUCUACAAAUGGCCAGCAGACAAGCAGAAUGGCACAGGCGUGGUCACCCAGCACAGGGAAUGUCAUGUUAAGGGUGGAGGAAUCUCGAGCUAUGCAGGCCAACAGGGAGCAGCGGGGAGGAGCUUGGAGGUCUGUCUGGACCAAGCGGUGAAAGACAUCCCCAAAGAGAGACACAAGCUCACACCUGUGUACCUGGGAGCCACAGCUGGCAUGAGGCUCCUGCACAUGUCCACUCCAGAGGAGUCUGAUCGGAUUCUGCAGGAAGUGGGCCAUAAAAUCCAGUCCUACCCUUUCAGCUAUCGGGGAGCAGCCAUACUGAGUGGUCAGCAGGAGGGGGCGUACGGCUGGGUCACUGUCAACUAUCUCUUAGAGAACUUCAUCAAGUAUGGUUUUGUGGGGCGCUGGUUCAGCUCUGGCAAGCCCACAGUGGGAGCGCUUGAUUUUGGCGGUGCAUCGACCCAGAUAACGUUUGCUACUGAGGAGGAUGUGGAGGACAAAGAGGACAUGAUGAAGCUGCAGCUUUAUGGCCAGGUGUACUCGCUGUACACGCACAGCUUCCUGUGCUACGGGCAGGAUCAGGUCCUGAAGAGGCUGCUGGCUCAUGUACUGAAGUCUCAGGGUUACUCUCCUUCAAUCACUCAUCCCUGCUAUCCUGCAGGCCACAGUCGGACUUUAGAGAUGAGUAGCAUAUUCAACUCCCCGUGUACAGUGGAGUCCAAACCCAGCCCCUACAGCUCUACGGCCUCUCUGACAGUACAAGGCAGCGGACAUUAUGAACACUGUUUGGGCAAUGUGUCAGAGAUCUUCUCCUUUGACAGCUGCCCCUUCUCCCAGUGCUCCUUUGAUAAAGUCUUCCAGCCAAACGUCACAGGAAGCUUUAUGGCAUUCUCUGCGUUCUUCUACACUCACUCCUUCCUGCAGCAAAUCACAGGCAUCUCUGUGAGCACUCCUCCACAGCUGGAGGAGGCAGCCAGAGCUGUGUGCAACAUGACCUUCGAUCAGCUGCUGCUUCUUGCUCCAGAGCAAAAGUCUCGUUUGCAGGACUACUGUGCUUCCUCUGUGUUUGUUAAUGUUCUCAUGUUGAGAGGGUACGGCUUUGAUGAGACGUCAUUUCCACGCAUUUCAUUUCAGAAGAAGGCAGGUGACACCUCAGUUGGUUGGGCUCUGGGCUACAUGCUGAGUUUGAGCAACCUGCUGCCUGCAGAGACUGUUGGGCUGAGGAAGGCCCUGACCCCGGGGGCAUGGGGAACAUUAAUCUGUCUUUUUGUCCUCCUGCUCGCUGCAGUCCUCGUCUUCAUUUUAAUCCGUGCCCGUAAUGGGAAGAAGAAAGGAGGCAGUGAAAGCCCCAUCUAGAUAUUUUAACAGCCUGUACAGCUCUGAACUCCUUCUGUUUUUAAGUAUGUCUACUUUGUACUGAGUCAAAGGACCCCAGCUGUGGUUAAAUGAGGAAGGAAACUUACCCUGAACAUGGGGACUUACAUAUUUAUCAUUAGCUUUGAACAUGUCCACUAUAUUUCUUUUUGCAUGGUAGGACCACACAUUAACAUGAAUCCUCUCUUUUAUCAAAUCUAGAUGCAAAUAUCCUCAAAUUGAAAUCCAAAGUCAAGACUUUAACCUGAUAGUUCUAGGAUUUUUUUUAUCCAAUAGUUAUUAUUGUUUGUAGAGUUCAGAGCCAACCCAAAUAAAAACAUUCAUCACAUUUAAAAUAUUAUUGGUAAAUCUAAGCACACAGCUCUCUCCUGUUUAAUUUAACACUCUAAAAUAUGUCUGAAUGUAAUUUUGAUCACACUUUUGAACAUUUUUAUUGAUUUUUACCCAGAAUUUUCUACCUUAUUGAAGUCUUAACAAUUAAUUUCACUCUGUUCAUUCAGUUUCAUCUAAAUAUGUUUGCUGUAUUUGUGUCUCGUGAAAAAUAACUGAAAAUAUUUUGUAGAUCAUUGAUUUCUGAAUUGUUGUUUGUUGUGUUGUUUUUUUUAUUAUUA